AUGGCAAUCGAACUGCAAUAUGUGUCCUUUGCGCUGCCUCGAACGUCGGGUCAGCCCGCCCCAGCGGCCUUUUGGUCAACUCGAGCCGAGGCGAUCCACCAGCAGGCGAGGCGGCAUCGAAGAAGGGCUCGACACUUUGGGAAGAUCUUUGCCAGGCUGCGGAGAGUCUUUUCGCAUGCUGUAGCAAUGGGGUGGUUCAAUGAGGCCAAGAAACGGCAUUUCGUUCGGCAGUUUCUGCUCUCUGGAACACGUGAGAUGCAAAGGAGCACCAUAUCCGUUGCAUCCAAGAUCUAG